AUGCUAGCACAAAAUCAUUCAGAUGUUCAAUCUCUCCUGCUCUCCUUGCUUCAGCACUAUCUUAAUGAAACCUGGAACCUUCCAGCACCAUCUCUCCUUCCUGCUGCUCACCAGCCAGCUGAGCCUUUCAGUGCAGUGGCAGUUAAAGCGCAGAGUCACGGGUUCAUCUACAUUUUACUGAUGGUUGGGCUCUUCAGCUUUUUCACCUUUGGCAUCAUGUUCAGUUACAUGCGCUCUAAAAAGCUGGAGAACUCUCAGGAUCCAUACCACCAGUAUAUAGCUAGAGACUGGGUGAGCGUGCUGGCUCCGUCUAUAGCCAUAGCUCAGGCUCUCAAAAAGGAGUCUGUGGUUAUUGGAAACCCUGCAGCCCUGGAGCACCUGCCGGGAUGA